CAACCUGAUUGGACGCACUAUCCACUAUAUAAACUGGAUUUUGAUUGUGCAUGAUUGAAUUCGUCUGAAACCGUUUCAUCUUGUAACCAUGGUUUCACAUGAGGAAAUCAAAGCUAUCUUCGAGGCCGCUGAUGUCGACAAGUCAGGCAAACUGUCCACUCAUGAGGUGAAGAAGGUUUUAGAGAAUGAUGUUGGCUGUGAAUUGCCAGACGAUGCGGUGAAGCAAUUCCUGAGCCAACAUGACGCCGACGGUGAUCAGCAGUGGACGAUUGACGAGUUGGCCCAACUGUUCACUCCCACAAAUCAUUGAAUCAGUUGAUGGCUGGCUGUUGGCCGUCCUUCUAAGCAGUGUCUUUAGUGAAUUUGAAUAAUAAUUGUAAAUUAGUAAUAUCUCGAAGAAGUGAAAUAAAUUUUACUCCCCCGUAUAUUGUUCUUUUGUCUCUCUCUCUCUCUCACACACACACACAGUAAGCAUGUGUGGGUAGGUGUGAAUUUGUCAGGAUUGUGCUGUCAAUCUGUUAAGUGUUGUGUCACUUCACUUCGCCUUGAUCACUUGUCCUUUGUUCACUGGCUGUCGUUGCGCAUCCUCGACAAUCGCACUGUCACGAAAAUGCAUUAUGAAUCCGUAGGAAUGAAUGGAUAAUGUGUUCCGUUUGAUGACUGCAUCCUGUUAAUGGAUUUGUGCUCUUUGAAUUCCAGCCACUUAUGCAAGUUUGUAAUGAAUCGACCGCUUUCUCAGAUUCCAUUUGAUGCAAGUGGAGACAUCUUAAUGGUUGGUGGGUCAACACAAAUUCAGACUUUUUGAAUUCUGAUCCUUGUACUUGUCCUACUUGUCUUCAUUCGGUCAGUAAAUUGAAGAUUUAAUUAUCGGUCUGCUCACUAAUGCCGAGCACCGAUAAUUUACGACUGUAUAAAAGAUGCGUAGAUGAUAUAUUCAUUAUUUGUGACAACAGUAAUGACCCUAAUCUACUGCUGCUGACAUUUAACUGUCGCCACCCAGCAAUAAAUUUCACUAUGGAAAUGGAAAACGAAUCAAAAGUCCCCUUUCUUGGUGUGGUACUAACAAGAAGUACUGAAUGGACUUUAAGAAGAU